AUGGUUUUUUCGACUCGACUCGACUCCGAUGGUCAAAUUUCUCAUGGUGGGUGGGGCUUUUGUAAUAUGGCUAAGGUGUUGGCUUAGAUGGUGAAUAUUGGAUGAUGAUUGGUGAACAUGGUGAUAGUGCACCAAUCACACCAAUUGCACCAAUAAUGGGAAAUUGGUGCAGUUGGUGCAAUUCACCAAUUGGUGUAGUUGGUGCAAUUUCACCAAUUGGUGUAGUUGGUGCAAUUUCACCAAUUGGUGUAGUUGGUGCAAUUCACCAAUUGGUGUAG